AUAGCGUUGCGAUGUUGCUAGUAGUAUAAUUGCUGGAAAACUUCCAUCACUAUUAAAAUUGCUGGAAAAACGAAAACGCGAAAAAUGAUAGAAAGACCAAAAUUUAGUUAAUAAAAAAAGUUUUAGCUGCGACGGAGCAAAAAAGAUUGCGUGCACACAAUAUUCCCGCGAGGACGACCAGGCCAGCCAGCAUAAUAAUAAUAGCAGAAUAACAGACGACGACGUUGACGAGGAGGAGGAGAAGAAGGAGGAGCCUGCCAACGCCACGCGCGAGUGGUGUAUGAAUCAUUCGCUUCCCCCACGAGCAACGCCCGCAUCCUGUGCUGAUCCCUAACUGAUCCAUCCGCCACUGCAGCCACCACAGCCUCCGCCAUGUCCAGCGACAAGAUCAAAGUUGCCGUCAGGGUGCGACCCUUCAAUCGACGUGAGAUCGAGCUGGGCACAAAAUGUAUCGUGGAUAUGGAAAAACAGCAGACCAUUCUGCAAAAUCCACCGCCAUUGGAGAAAAUCGAAAGAAAACAACCAAAGACAUUUGCAUUCGAUCACUGCUUCUACUCUUUAAACCCCGAGGACGACAACUUCGCCUCCCAGGAGACAGUUUUCGAUUGCGUGGGACGUGAUAUUCUGGAUAAUGCAUUCCAGGGCUAUAAUGCAUGCAUAUUCGCUUACGGCCAGACUGGCUCUGGCAAGUCGUACACGAUGAUGGGCUCUCAGGAGAGCAAGGGCAUCAUUCCGCGCCUGUGCGACAAGCUCUUCUCGGCGAUAGCCAACAAAUCGACGCCCGAGCUGAUGUACAAGGUGGAGGUGUCCUAUAUGGAGAUCUACAACGAGAAGGUCCACGAUCUCCUCGAUCCCAAGCCCAACAAGCAGUCGCUCAAGGUGCGCGAACACAAUGUGAUGGGACCGUACGUGGACGGACUGUCUCAGCUGGCGGUGACUUCGUACCAGGACAUCGACAACCUCAUGACGGAGGGCAACAAAUCACGAACGGUGGCUGCCACCAAUAUGAAUGCCGAGUCCUCACGCUCCCAUGCCGUCUUCUCGGUGGUUCUCACCCAGAUACUCACGGAUCAGGCGACGGGCGUGAGUGGUGAGAAGGUAUCCCGCAUGUCCCUCGUCGAUUUGGCUGGCUCCGAGCGAGCAGUGAAAACGGGAGCCGUUGGCGAUCGCCUCAAGGAGGGAUCCAACAUCAACAAAUCUCUGACUACGCUUGGCCUGGUCAUAUCCAAGCUGGCCGAUCAAACGAACGGCAAGAGGGGCGGCAACGAUAAGUUCGUACCCUACCGCGACUCCGUUCUCACCUGGCUGCUGAAGGACAAUCUGGGCGGCAACUCCAGGACCGUUAUGGUGGCUACCAUUUCUCCGUCGGCGGAUAAUUAUGAGGAGACGUUGUCCACGCUUCGCUAUGCGGAUCGGGCCAAGCGAAUUGUGAAUCAUGCAGUGGUCAACGAAGAUCCCAAUGCUCGAAUUAUUCGCGAGCUGCGACACGAGGUAGAAACGCUGAGGAGUAUGCUUAAACAUGCCACUGGGUCACCGGUGGGCGAUGUCCAGGACAAGCUGGCCGAGAGCGAGAACCUGAUGAAGCAGAUCUCGCAAACGUGGGAGGAGAAGCUGGUCAAAACGGAGCGCAUCCAGAAUGAGCGACAGCAGGCCCUCGAGAAGAUGGGCAUCAGUGUCCAGGCCAGUGGCAUUAAGGUGGAGAAGAACAAGUACUACUUGGUCAAUUUGAAUGCAGAUCCGUCCCUUAACGAGCUGCUUGUCUACUACCUAAAGGAACGCACACUGAUUGGUGGACGCAGCAUCAGUGGCCAGCAGCCGGAUAUACAACUCUCUGGUUUGGGCAUCCAGCCGGAGCACUGUGUUAUCACCAUCGAGGACAGUGGCCUGUUUAUGGAGCCAGUGCAGGGUGCACGAUGCUUUGUUAAUGGAUCAGCGGCCGUGGAGAAGACGCCGCUGCAGAACGGCGACCGUAUCCUGUGGGGUAACCAUCAUUUCUUCCGCGUCAACUCACCGAAGAGCAACAACACAAGCCUGUGUGCCUCGGAGCCGCAGACCCCAGCUCAGCUGAUCGAUUACAAUUUUGCACGCGAUGAGAUUAUGCAGAAUGAACUGAGCAACGACCCCAUUCAGACGGCCAUUGCUCGGCUGGAGCGUCAGCAUGAGGAAGAUAAGCAGGUGGCACUGGAGAAGCAGCGUCAGGAGUACGAACGUCAGUUCCAGCAACUGCGCAAUAUAUUAUCACCCAGCACCCCAUACGCUCCAUAUGCUCCGUACGAUCCGCUGCGCAUGGGCAAGGUAACACCGAACACGCCCACCUCACAGAUGCGGGUUGAGAAGUGGGCACAGGAACGUGACGAGAUGUUUCGACGAAGUUUGGGUCAGCUAAAAACGGACAUUAUGCGCGCAAACUCGCUGGUGCAAGAGGCCAACUUUUUGGCCGAGGAAAUGGAGAAGAAGACCAAGUUCUCGGUCACCUUGCAAAUACCGCCGGCCAAUCUCAGUCCGAAUAGGCGACGCGGAGCCUUUGUCAGCGAACCCGCCAUACUUGUGAAGCGCACCAACUCGGGCAGCCAGAUCUGGACGAUGGAAAAGCUGGAGAACAAGCUGAUAGACAUGCGGGAGAUGUACCAGGAUCACAAGGACCGGAUACUCAACGGCUUGCCCCUAGUUGAGCCAUUCUCAGACGAUGAGUACGACGACAAGGACGAGGACAAUUCCAAGCCGCAGGAUCCCUUCUAUGAGUCGCAGGAAAAUCACAAUCUCAUCGGUGUGGCCAACAUAUUCCUGGAGGUCCUCUUCCACGACGUCAAACUGGACUAUCACACGCCCAUCAUUAGCCAGCAGGGUGAGGUGGCCGGUCGCCUGCAGGUGGAGAUCGAGCGCAUUGCGGGACAAAUGCCACAGGAUCGCAUGUGCGAGUCAGUCUCUGAGUCCUCGGGUGAUUCGCGGGACGAAUACGAUGAUCCGGUGGAUCCCACAUCAAAUCAGAUCACCUGCCGCGUGACCAUCAAGUGCGCCAGUGGCCUGCCCCUUUCGCUCUCCAACUUCGUCUUCUGCCAGUACACGUUCUGGGGCCACCAGGAGAUGGUGGUGCCGGUGAUCAAUGCCGAGUCCACGGCCCACGACCAGAACAUGGUAUUCAAGUUCGAGCACACGCAGGACUUUACGGUGACCAUCAACGAGGAGUUCCUCGAGCAUUGCAUCGAGGGAGCGCUAUCCAUCGAAGUGUGGGGACAUCGCAGCGCCGGCUUCUCCCGGUCCAAGGGCUGGGAAGUGGAGCAGCAGCAGGCCAAGGCCCGUUCCCUGGUUGAUCGCUGGGCGGAGCUCUCCCGCAAAAUCGAGCUUUGGGUCGAAAUACACGAGUUGAACGACAAUGGCGAGUACUCGCCCGUGGAGGUGACCAAUCGCAACGAAGUCCUGACUGGCGGCAUAUACCAGCUGCGACAGGGUCAGCAGAGGCGGGUCAACGUUCGUGUGAAGCCGGUCCAGAACUCGGGCACGCUGCCCAUCAUUUGCCAGUCGAUUGUUAAUGUGGCCAUUGGCAGUGUGACGGUGCGAUCCCGGCUGCAGAGACCCCUGGACUCUUACCAGGAGGAGGACCUCACAGUGCUCCGCGAGAAAUGGAGCGAGGCGUUGGGCAGGCGGCGUCAAUACCUGGACCAACAGAUCCAGAUGCUGAUCAAGAAAGAGGAGAAGAACGAGCAGGAGCGGGAGCGUGAGCUAAGCUUGGUGCAUCAGUGGGUCUCGCUAACGGAGGAGCGUAACGCAGUGCUGGUGCCAGCACCUGGCUCUGGCAUACCCGGAGCACCCGCCUCCUGGGAGCCACCCGCUGGCAUGGAGCCCCAUGUACCCGUACUCUUCCUGAAUUUAAACGGUGACGAUCUGUCCGCACAAAACACCAACGAUGAGCUCUCCAUUGCCGGCAUCAACUCCAUUCUGUCCAAGGAGCAUGGCCACAAGUUUUACACUCUACAGAUACUGCAGCACCUGGACAAGGACGUUUGCAGCGUGGCCAGCUGGGACUCGUCGAUGCACGACAGCCAGGCAUUGAAUCGUGUAACCGAGGCCAACGAGCGCGUCUAUCUCAUUCUGCGCACCACGGUGCGCCUGUCACAUCCCGCUCCUAUGGAUCUGGUGCUGCGCAAGCGUCUGAGCAUUAACAUCAAGAAGGGCCAGACGCUGACCGAUCGUCUGAAGAAGUUCCGGCUGGUGCGGGGCGAGAAUGCCAUUUGGCAGAGCGGCGUCACCUACGAGGUGGUAUCCAACAUUCCCAAGGCCUCCGAAGAGCUAGAGGAUCGUGAGUCGCUGGCCCAGCUGGCGGCUAGCGGUGAUGAUUGCUCGGCAAGUGAUGGCGAAACAUACAUAGAGAAAUACACACGUGGCGUUUCGGCUGUGGAAAGCAUAUUGACACUGGACCGCCUGCGUCAGAAUGUGGCUGUCAAGGAGCUGGAGACGGCCCAUGGCCAGCCGCUGAGCAUGCGCAAGACCGUCAGUGUGCCAAACUUCUCGCAGGCGGUCAAAGACACCACCAAUACCGGGAGUAUUAUGCGCUUCGAUGCAUCGAUGGAGUCGCUGUUGAAUGUGGGACGAUCCGAGUCCUUUGCCGAUCUCAAUAACAGUGCGCUGGGCAACAAGUUUACGCCAGCAGGUCACAGUCCAGCCGGAGCAGGUGGAGUCAUCCGUAAUCGUCAUAGUUUCGGGGGCAAAGGUAGCAGCGAUGAUUCGCCCGGAAAAGCCUUUGGAAUCGGCUCUAUAUCUCUGCUGUCAGCGCGUCCAACAUUUUUGAAUCUCAAUUUGAACUUGAACACUUUGAGAAUCGCGCCAACGAAACCUUCACCGGCCACCAGCAAGCUGCUGGGCAUGCGCAUGACCACGCUGCACGAGGAACCGCUGGGCGGACAUCGAUCACUGGACGAGGAGCCCGAGGAUAGCUACAGCGACUCGGAGUAUGCCGCCGAGUACGAGCAGGAGCGGCAGCAGAACAAGAGCCUGGCCACACGCUCCCGCCUCACGGCCUCCAAGACCAUGGACUCGUUCAUGGACGUUAGCAGCCACUCGAAUCAUUCGAGCUACUUGAGCUAUACGUCCAGCGCCAAUGCGAAUAUGAAGCAUCUGAACGGAUUGCCAACGCUGAGCAUGAGCUCCUCCACCAGUAGCGGCUAUGGCUCCCAGGCGGUGUCGUGCAACAAUUUAAGCAAUGAGGAUAUUGCCUCAAUGCGUUCCAUGAGCAUUGAUGAGACGCCAGAUUUCGAUCGAAUCAACUCGAAUUCGCCACCUAACCGGCAGGCACGAGUGAAUCCCUUCCUCAAAGACAUGCCCAAGGCCAAAACACAGGAGCAGCCUUUGGAACCGCAGGCCAAGAAGCUGCAGGAGACCUUCACGCACCCAUUGGAGUUAAUCGAGUCCAAGGAGAACGCACAAAGCGACGAGGAUGAGCGCGAAAUGUUGCCAAAGCAUAACAACAACAAUAACAACAACGUUGACUUGGUUAAGGAGAAGGAACUGCUGUCAUCCAGUCAACCAGAACUAGCGGAAGCUGAAUCGCAGCCCGAAUCACAACCAGAGCUUGCCACAACAGACAAUCAGAACGGCAACAAGUCCUCGGACGAGGUCAGUCACAGCUCUGAGGAGAUGCUUGAAGGCGAUGGUAUUGUCCGGGAGGAAUUGCCCGCUGGCAAGGUGAUGCGUCGCAAGAAGUCGAACACGCAACAGCCACCGCUCAGCAGCAGUAACAACAAUAAUAUCACCAGCAGCACAAGUCAGCCACCGCGCAUAAAUCACCGGGCUUCGGUGGCCAAAAUGGAGGGUUUAGCCGCUUAUCUGGACUCUAGCAUUAUGUCCAGCAGCACAGAAGUAGAUGACGAAAGUAAGGACGUGGAAGUGGUUCUGCCUGACUGGAUUGUGGUUGGUGAAUCGGUGCUGAUACGUCCGUACAAUACCAGCGGCGUGAUUCGCUUUGUGGGCACCACAGAGUUCCAGCCCGGGGCUUGGAUUGGCGUGGAGUUGGAUACGCCAACGGGCAAGAACGAUGGUAGCGUGAAGGGCAUUCAGUAUUUCCAGUGCAAGCCCAAGCACGGCAUGUUCGUGCGCUCCGACAAGCUGAUGCUGGACAAGCGCGGCAAGGCGAUGCGAGCCUACAAGGCUGCCGAGAAGAGCAACAGCAUCAGUAAAGAGAUGAGCAGCUCGAUGACCGGUUCGAUGACUGGCUCAAUGACACGCUCCAAGAGCCGCGGUGAAUCGCUGAAUGUGGCGGCGCGCAAAUGAUUGUACCCAAAGUGUUCGCAUCAGAUGCAGCGUUGGACUAAUUGCAGGCAAUCGACGGUGGCCACCAGUGCUGCUGCUGCUGCUGUUAGCCAGCCGGCGACCUGCCACAGAUUGCGUGCAACCAGCAACGCUGCAGAUGCGAACAGUCAUGGCAAGAAGUGCUAUGCCAAUCGACGCUCGACGGCCUUCUAAGGUCGUCACCCAAGAAUGACAAUGUCGAGGAGGAGGAGGAAGAGCAGCAGUAGCCUCGUCAAGCAACGAACAAUGCGGAGCAUAAUCCACAUGCCAACCAUAUUCUAGCUUACUUAACUAUUCUCACACCAUGCCGCAAAUGAAAUGCCGUACACUUAACCCCACGCUUCUCCAAGUAGUUUAAGGCGCGGUGUCUACAGCAGAACUAAUUACUAAUCUCUAGCUAAACUAAACUAAACUAAACGAAAUGAAAGGAAACUAAACUAAGCCAGGCAGGGCGUUCGCGUAAUGUUUAUGUGUGAAGUUCUCGCACUUUGAUCAGAUUCCAUUGUUUUGUGUUCGUCGUAGUUAAAUGUCGUUUAUUGCUUUUCGAUUUUUGAAUGAAGCGCUUUACUGAUUGAUA